AUGGCAGAUCCCGUUUUCGCAGCUUCUUUUUAUGCUAAUGCUUCGCCGACCCUGACUCGGAGUCGGACAGCCACCGUCUGGUCGGGGCCCGUGCAGUUGUAUCAUGCUGCCGAAGACACACCUGGGGGGACUGGACAGGGAGCUGGAGCAGGCGGGGGAGGGGGUCCGGGCGGGCACACCGGUCACGGACAUCACAGCCAAGGCGGCGGCCAGCGAGAACGACCACAGCGACGGUAUACCGACGAUGCACCGUACGUUCCCCCGCGAAACCGCGACUAUGCAGAGGGUUACCCACAACAUGCUUUCUACCAUCAUAGUCAGCACCAGCACCAGCUCCCGGCUGGCUCUCCUCUCCCACCAUACUCGCCAUCCUCUCAUCCUCAUCCUUCCCAAUCUCAGGCCCGGCAGAGCUCGUUCCCCAUGCAACAGGGCGGUUCUCGUCGAGCGGGCACGGCCCCAGAGUUGACACGAGCACCAGCUCGGUCUCAAUCGUCGCCGUCAAUGCCAACCGCCCUUCCGCCAGCCGCCUUUCACCAGCCGGUCGAGCCAUUUGCCCAGUCUCCCCCAGUCCCGAUGCCGGGCCCAGACCCGGCUCCCAUCCUCCGUCGCAAGCUGAAUCUCCCCGAAAACGUCCCCAUCACCCUCUCCGCUUUGCCGGACUACGCGGCAGAUACGAGGCCGAGCGUGCCACUCCCCCUUCUUGUCCAGGUCGCAAUCUACGAGAGCGAGACGAAGAGAUUGACGCUGAGGGAGAUAUACUCAGCGAUUGAAGGGCGGUAUGAGUUUUUCCGGGCGGGGCCGUCUAACGCUGCGUGGAAGCGUUCGAUUCGGCAUGCCCUGUCGCUGCACCUGGUUUUUCGACACCUUGACCGGCCAGUCCAGGAAUCCGGCAAGGGAGGGUACUGGACCUUGGAUUAUUCGAGGGGAGAAGGAACCAAGCGGCAGCGUAAACGCCGCCCCGGGGAGGAAGAAGAUGGUUCCGAUGGUGAGGUCGAAACAGGCGAGACAGACGUCGAAUCUGCGAGCGGCAGUGAAUACGAGCAGCAGCAAUACGAGCCGCAGCGAUACCAGCACCACCAAGAGCUUUCCCAGCCACCAGUAUAUCGAGGAUAUAUCCAGGAGCCGUUGGCCCAUCCCCAAGCCCAGCACGCCCACCACCUCUACGUCGACACUGUCGCUCGCAUUAAACAGGAGCCUUCUCCAUCUCCGACACCGUCUCCAGGUAGCCAGAGCUCUCGUUCUAGCGACGGGUUCGGUGCACCAUCGCAAGGGCCUCUUUACCAUCGCGGAUACCAUCAACCCGCGCCAGCGAAUCUUUAUGGACCACCUUCCCAUCCUCCGCCCUCUCAAUCGAACGCGUACCCCGCUGGUUACCAGGAGACUCGCAGAACGCUCGCUCAUUCUCGUUCCUGGACCCCACAAGAGUUCCAGCAAGGGUCAAGUCGCGAUAUGCAUAGUCGGCCUGGUGGAGCUGGGAAUGCGGCUCGUGGCCAGCAUCAACAACAGCUAGUGGAUCCAAGACUGCUGAGGGCGCCAUAUUCGACCCAGUUUGGCCAGCCAUACGGACAUGGACGGGGUACACCACCAAGCGGCGAGGAGGAAGAUAAGCAAUGGCAUUAUCAAAGCCAAGGCGGGGGUGGGCAGUCGUGA